AUGGCUCCGUUUUCUUCAGGCGUCUGUGGCGCAUCGUGUCGCGCAGUGCGAGUGGGGGCUGCGCUCAUCUUACAGUCCGUGUAUGCGACGGACACGCGUGCCGCAUGUAUGAGUGUUUCCGAGGGCGCACGGGAAUUAUGGGGAUGUGGGACUCUCGUGUCGGAUACUUUCAUGAGUCAGACCUCAGUGGGCGCGUCGCGGACCUCAGCAGCUUUGUUGCACGAGAGUCACAAGUAUGCCCGUAGAGGUCAUUCUCAACGCGCUUCGAACCGUACUGGAACAUUGUCGCGAAUGUUCGCGUCAAUGCGAGCUUUUCUGUCGCAUGAAGUAGCAACACCAGCACCGACAGAAUGUGUGGAUUCCGACGCGACGAAUGCCUUUGGUAAUUCGUGCGACAUCUAUUCGCACAAUUAUUCUGAACCAUUUGACGGCAUUUGCUUCGACCCGUACUAUGACGAUGAUGACUUCACCUCUGCAACAAGCUGUUGCAUAUGUCCAGAAGCGUGUCCCCCGUCACAGCCAUUUGACCGCGACAUAGAUUGUGAGGAUUGGAUUGAGUUUGUUGAUCUGCACGCUACAGAAGCCAGAGGGUCUCAUUCAAAUCUUGGUGGCAUGGGUCCGGAUUCGGAUAGGCCCAGGGAACUUAGGUAUUAUGGAGUCGGGCGUCUUCCAAAUGGAGUCUUGUACGAUCUAGUCAUGGUGAAUACAAGCGCCUAUGUCCCCAGGAACACCAACUGGAACCAGAUUAGUAAUGGAGGCUGGGCGCUGGUGAAUCUUCUUGUUGGGGAACGAACAACUCUCAAGGGGGAGUUCGUCAGAUUUCACACCUGGUGCCCUGAGGUUCCAGUGAUGCCUAAGAUCACAAUCUGCGAUAUUGACCAUUAUAUUGACGGGGAGAACGAAAUACUCUUCCUCGACGGCAUCACCGCUGUCUACACGGUUGAUGGUGAAAUCGAUUUUGACUUGAAGGUGUACGAGUUUGGAACCACCGUAACCGACAACCCAGUUCUGUUGUCAUCAUACACCACCGAAUCUAUCUCAACAGCGAUAUCGGGCAGGACCGCCCGGAAGUAUGCCUCCAGUUCUGGUGGGAAAUUUGGACUCAAGGCAACCUCGAUGAUGUUUGGCCAUGGCUGCGACAACCCAACGGAUCCGAACAACAUGACCAACAUUACCUGUCCGGAUGCGACGUCGACACCCGUUGACCAGGCGAAGCGAUGUUUCAUGGCCGAGUUCAACAACACCAGCGAGUUCGAGAUCGGCUUCCAGGUCCUGACCUACCACCCCGAAGAUCACGUUCAGGCGUGGGGCCGCAAUUUCGCCCUCGCCGGGACGUCCGACUACUUUGUCGCCCAGGGGGCCGCGACGUGCCGCCCUACGGCCAGGGAGUACUUCGAGAGUCUGGUCACCCCUGCGCCGGCGUCCUCGCCGACCGCGGCACCGACGGCUUCUCCGACGCCGUCUCCACCUCCGCCACCGACGCCUACACCGACGCCUGCACCGACGCAGGCACCGACGCAGGCACCGACGGAUUCGCCCACCAGCGCGCCCACAGACGCUCCGACUCCAAGCCCGACGCCCGCGCCGACGCCGGCGCCGACAGGCGACCCCACGGCUGCCCCGACGCCCGCCGCGACGGCCACGCCCACGGCCGCCCCGGCGGCCGCGCCCACGAGCGCACCGACGAGCGCCCCGACGAGCGCCCCGACGGCUGCGCCAACGAGCGCGCCGACGAGCGCGCCGACGCACUACCCGACCUUCCCUCCGACGGCCUCGCCGACGCCCUCGCCGACGAGCGCGCCGACGCCCCACCCUGCCCUGCCGACUGCCGGCACGGGCGGCGGCCUGCUGCACACGCCCAGCCCGACGGAGGUGCACGGGAUCGGCGACCCGCACCUGGUCAACGUGCACGGGCAGCACUUCGAUCUGAUGCAGCAAGGCGUCCACGCCCUGCUCCACGUGCCCCUCAGGGCGAGCCGAUCCAAGGUGCUCCUCCGCGUGGACGCUGACGCCCAGCGGGUGGGGGGUGCCUGCGCGGAUACGUAUUUCAUGGGCAUCAACAUCACUGGGAAGUGGGUGGAGCAGAAGAUCCGCGCGAUCGGGUGGGCUUCUGGCACUGGCAUCUCCUUCAAGGCUGGCGCCGGGGCAGUCCACACGGGCACGAAGUGGAUGUCGUUCGGGAAGAUCACGCUCAAGAUAGUGCACGGCCGCACGAAGACAGGCGUGGCGUACCUGAAUUUCUUCGCUCGGAACUUGAAGCACGCGGGCCUCCUCGUGGGCGGGCUCCUUGGGGAGGACGACCAUGCUGAUGCGGCCGAGCCGAGCAGCGUCUGCAAGCGCGUCAUCGAGAGCUGA